AUGACCGCAAAUUCCUAUAUGGUCGAUGAUAUCAACCUCUUGUCUAAAUUUCUCAGCGAUAAUCAACUGCCCGAUCUCUCCACCACAUCCCCAGUCGACUGCAUUGUCAUAUGCGCCUCAGCCGUUCUCCACAGUGCCGAGGUCCUCUUCAAGACUCUUCAGCAAAAGCCAUCUCUUACCAAAGCUCUCGUACUGUGCGGCGGCAUCGGGCACUCAACUGAGCUCCUUUACCAUGCAGUGAAAUCUCAUCCAGUCUUCUCACGGAUCGCCCAUGAGGUCCAAGGUCUCCCUGAAGCCAAGGUUCUCGAACGAAUUCUCAAUGAGUUCUUCGAUCGAUCUCUCAUCACCAAAGAAGGAUGUCAGGUUCUGCUUGAACCCCGAUCUACGAAUUGCGGUCAGAAUGCUUCAUUCUCUCGCGAGGUCCUCGACGGAGCGGGGUUUCGAGCACCAGCCACUUGCAUUGUCAUUCAGGAUCCCACGAUGAUGCUCAGGACCAGGGCAUCGUUUGAGAAGGCUUACGAGGACAUCGAAUCUCCGGUCUCGGUUAUUAGUUGCCCGGUGUUUGUGCCGCAGGUGCAAUUGUCCCGUAACGGGGUCAUUGAGUAUUCAGACGCAUCGCCACCGUCAGAGUUGUGGUCGCAAAAUCGGUUUCUGGAGCUGAUUAUGGGCGAGAUACCGAGGUUGAGGGAUGAUAAAGAUGGCUAUGGUCCUCGGGGGCGUGGCUUCAUUGCUCACGUGGAUGUUCCAAGCGAUGUUGAGACAGCUUGGUCUCGACUUCAAGUGGUGACUCUGAGCUCUAGAUAG